CGAACUACACUUCCCAGUGCUCCUAAGCAACGGAAGUGACGUAAGAGCACCCAAACCUGGAGGGCUUGGGUAAAAAUGGCUGAAUAUUUAGCUUCGAUAUUCGGGACUGAGAAGGACAAGGUUAACUGCUCUUUUUACUUUAAGAUCGGGGCCUGCCGGCACGGGGACCGGUGCUCCCGGCUUCACAACAAGCCGACAUUCAGCCAGACCAUAGUGCUGCUCAACCUGUACCGGAAUCCACAGAACACAGCCCAAACUGCAGACGGAUCACACUGUCAUGUGAGCGACGUGGAGGUGCAGGAGCACUAUGAUAACUUCUUCGAGGAGGUGUUCACAGAACUGCAGGAGAAGUAUGGGGAGAUUGAAGAGAUGAAUGUGUGCGACAACCUUGGGGACCACCUCGUGGGCAACGUCUAUGUCAAGUUCCGGAGGGAGGAGGAUGCAGAGCGGGCCGUGGCUGAACUCAAUAACCGCUGGUUCAACGGGCAGGCUGUGCACGCUGAGCUGUCUCCUGUCACUGACUUCCGGGAGUCAUGCUGUCGCCAGUAUGAGAUGGGGGAAUGUACCCGAGGUGGCUUCUGCAACUUCAUGCAUCUGCGGCCCAUUUCCCAGAACCUCCGGAGGCAGCUCUAUGGGCGGGGACCCAGGCGCAGGUCGCCCCCGAGGUUCCAUACCGGCCACCGUCCCCGAGAGAGGAACCAUCGGCAUUCCCCUGAUCACCGGCAUGGCCGCUUCUGAGGCCCUGGCCCCCUUACCCUUCACCCCCAACAGGGACAGAUGUUCCUGGCAGGACCUCUCCUCAAAGCCCCCUUCACUCUCCUGCCCCAUCCUUCCCAGGCUCCCGGGCUCCAUAAUGUAAUCUGUUCAGCAUGAAGACCUUCUUCUACCGCCGCUGUCUUAAUAAAGCUGCGUGUUUCGCUUCAGCAUCAA